GCUGAUGCAAUAAAAGCUGCAAUUUUCAAAAACUUACAAGUGUAAGGUUUCUGCGAAUUAUUAGUCAGUAAUUAAAUAAAAUGCCUACAGAACAGUUGGCGGAAUUAGCAAUUGGUGUGCUUUUCACAUCGGAAAAGCGUGGCAGCGACGAGUCCGGAAAUGGUACCGAGACCAAGCCCUACAAAACUAUUAUGCAGGCGAUGCGUCAUGCGGGUAAGGAACCUUUCCCCACUAUCUUUGUCGAUAGCAAGGACCCUGAGGCCGCUGAACCAUAUGAACCGGCGGCCAAGUCGCAGCUGAAGAAGAUACAAAAGCUCUUUGCACGUGAGGGCCAAAAGAAUGCUGACAAGAUGAAACGCGAGGCCGAGGAUGCGGAGAAGCGUCAACAGAAUCUGGAGGAAGCACGCAAAGUCAAGAUUAGCGAGGAUCCCAGUUGGCCGGCUGCGCAGAAAAUCCGCAUUAGUGAUGGUGCUGAGCAUCGUAGCAAGCGCGUAAAGAUCAACGGCUGGGUACAUCGUCUACGCCGUCAGGGUAAGGGUUUGAUGUUUAUCACCCUACGCGAUGGCUCUGGCUUUUUGCAAUGCGUGCUGAACGAUCAACUCUGCCAGACGUAUGAGGCAGUGGUGUUGAGCACUGAAAGCUCGGUGACGCUCUUUGGUACGCUGCAACUGGUGCCGGACGGCAAGACGGCGCCUGGUGGCCAUGAAUUGAAUGUGGAUUACUGGGAGCUAAUUGGUUUGGCGCCUCCUGGUGGCGCUGAUGCAAUUCUUAAUGAGGAAGCGCAUCCGGAUGUGCAGCUGGAUAACAGGCACAUAAUGAUACGUGGCGAAAACACCUCAAAGGUGCUCAAGAUGCGUUCCGUGGUAAUGCAGGCAUUCCGCGCACAUUACUUUGAUCGUGGUUACACCGAGGUGACACCACCCACACUGGUACAGACGCAGGUGGAGGGCGGUUCCACGCUCUUUACCCUGAAAUAUUUUGGAGAGGAUGCUUAUCUCACUCAGAGUUCCCAACUCUAUUUGGAGACAUGCCUACCAGCCUUGGGCGAUGUCUUUACCAUUGCACAGAGCUAUCGCGCCGAACAGAGUCGCACGCGUCGUCAUUUGGCGGAAUAUACACACAUUGAAGCAGAGUGUCCUUUUCUUUCAUUUAACGAUCUAUUAGAUCGUCUGGAGGAUCUGGUUACCGAUGUUGUUGAUCGUGUACUAAAGUCGCCUUUUGGUCAUCUGGUGCAUGAGCUCAAUCCAGAUUUCAAGCCGCCCAAGAAGCCUUUCAGGCGCAUGGAAUAUGCCGAUGCUAUUAAGUGGUUGAAGGAGCACAAUGUCACUAAGGAAGACGGCAGUUUUUAUGAGUUCGGUGAGGACAUACCCGAGGCGCCCGAACGCAAAAUGACCGACACCAUCAAUGAGCCCAUAUUGCUCAUUAAAUUCCCGCUUGAGAUUAAGUCAUUUUAUAUGAGCCGCUGUGUCGAAGAUCAGCGCCUUACCGAGAGCGUCGAUGUGCUCUUGCCAAAUGUGGGUGAAAUCAUUGGCGGCUCCAUGAGGAUUUUCAAUAACGAUGAGCUAUUCAAAGGUUAUGAACGUGAAGGUAUUGACCCCAAACCAUAUUACUGGUAUACGGAUCAGCGAGUCUAUGGAACCGUGCCGCAUGGUGGUUAUGGUCUGGGUCUAGAGCGUUUCCUCUGCUGGUUGCUAAACCGUUAUCAUAUUCGCGAAGUCUGUCUCUAUCCACGCUUCCUGGAGAGAUGCAAGCCUUAAGCAAGCUGGAGCUCAAAAGUCACAGCAUUUACUAGCUAACUAUCUGUCUUACAGUAAAAAUCUAAUAUGCUUAUCUAAUAUCUUACGUUUAAUGAACACACUAAGCUGAGGUCCCAAACAGUUCUGCGAAUUAUUGAAAUAUAUAUGAAAAUUGUAUUGCUCACUCCAACUACUCUCGCCUAUAAAUAAAAAAUUUGCAAAGCGAA